GAAACAGGCGUCAAAAUGACAUCCAGAUUCGGGAAGACCUAUAGCAGGAAAGGUGGCAAUGGCAAUUCCAAAUUUGAUGAGGUUUUUUCCAACAAACGGACCACUCUCAGCACGAAAUGGGGAGAAACUACCUUUAUGGCCAAGCUAGGCCAGAAGAGGCCCAACAUUAAGCCAGAUAUUUCCGAGAUCCCUAAGAAACCCAAAGUCGAAGAGGAAGCAAUAGAAGAUCCGUUUGGAUUUGACAGCGAUGAAGAGUCGCUGCCAGUUUCUUCCAAGAACGUGUCCCAAGCGAAAGGCUCCGCUCAGCUGGAGUCAGUCGAAGUUUCCCAGCCUGCAGAUUUCUCUUCUGUUCUUGAGUCUAAUAGUAGAUUUCUUCCCUCGCUUGGUGAAGACGCCUUGGCCAGCAAAGGUGUGUCUUUUGAUAAUGCCACGCACGACUUGAAAGAGAAGAAUUCGACCAGAAACAUGGCAGAAGACUUCAGAAGCAGCAGUGCUCACCCUCUAGCUUCAGAUACUGAACUGAGUUAUCCCGAGGACAACGAGAACAGCCAUUUCCUCUACAAGAACGCCGAAGACAAUAGCGUGAGUGCUCAACUAGCAGAAAUUUCCGGGUACAACAUUGAAAUCAAGGAAUCGCACGACCCUUGGGAUUGCCCUAUUGCCCACAGAGACUCUCCCUCGGACGUAUCCCACACCAGAGGGCCGCUAAUAACUGGCUUAUAUGAUUGGGAAGACGAGAACGAGGACGGCCAAAGAGGAGAAUACAUGCUGGGAUUUGAUGACGAACCACUUUCGGAGAUAAAAAACAAGGGCGAAGUGCUGGUCAAGGAAGAGAUGGAGGGCCCCAAGGAAGCCAUUCACGAGGAACUGAUGCAAGCUGUUCUCAGGCCGAGUAAUUGUCGGACAUACUGUAGAUCAAACAAAACAAAACUGCAGGGAAUGUCAAACUUUGAUAAGCUGCUGGAUGGCACUCUCCAACCCCUCGCCAAAGCAAACAGUGAUUCGAACGCCGAUGGUGUGAAUCCAGUCAGGAAGGUUGCUUUAAGUAGUGGGACCAGUUUUAAAGGCGCAGGAAGGACUAGAGACUACACAGUGCUCCACCCUUCCUGCUUAUCGGUUUGCAACGUCACCAUCCAAGACACCAUGGACCGCAUGGACGAAUUCGCCACGGCCACGCCCACCGACCUGGGGGAAGCGGGCCGCCUGAGGAAGAAGGCCGACCUCGCCACGGCCAAGACCGCCGCCCGGUUCCGACCCAGCAACACCAAAUCCAAGAAAGACGUCAAGUUGGAAUUUUUCGGCUUCGACGACAACGACGAAGGCGGGGGCGGCGAAGGCGGGUCCAGAGCCUCCGGGAGCUCCAAUUACAAAAUUAAAUACUUUGGUUUUGACGACUUAAGCGAAAGCGAGGACGACGACGAGGAACGACUGCUGGAGCGGAAGGCCAAUAAGAAGAGAAGCAAAUCGGCCGCCGCCGCGUCUUCGCAGCAUUCCACUUCGGAUGGAAACGAGAGCUACUACUCUCAGGAUAGCCAGUCGAGUUCCAAUUCAGAACAGCCUGAAGCUACUGUGGUUUUAAGUCAAAAGAAGGUGGCGGUACGUUUUCCUGGAGAUAAAAUAGAGCUGAUGGAGUUUGCAGACGAUCCAUCCAGCGUUCCAGAAAGCAAUAAGAAAUCUACCAAUUCACAAGGCGAUAAGUCUAAAGAAAAUACACGGAAAAUAUUUAGCGGACCAAAGAGGUCACCAACAAAAGCUGUGUACAAUGCUAGACAUUGGAACCAGCCAGAAUCUGAGGCUCUUCCAGCAUCACAAGUGCUGAAAAAUCCCAACGUUCCAGCCAGGUCUUCAAAAGAGGCAGCUCCGAAGGACGAUGGGGUAUUCAAGGCUCCAGCGCCACCUCCCAAAGUGAUAAAAACUGUGACUCUACCAACUCAGCCCUAUCAGGAGAUAGUAACUGCCUUGAAAUGUAGGAAAGAAGACAAAGAAUUAUACACUGUCGUACAACAUGUGAAACACUUCAAUGAUGUGGUAGAAUUUGGGGAAAACCAAGAGUUCACGGACGAUAUUGAGUAUUUAUUAAGUGGACUGAAGAGCAAUCAGCCCCUAAACACCCGUUGCCUUAGUGUUAUUAGCCUGGCGACCAAGUGCGCCAUGCCCAGUUUCCGAAUGCAUUUGAGAGCACAUGGGAUGGUUGCGAUGGUCUUCAAAACCCUGGAUGACUCACAGCACCACCAGAACUUAUCGCUUUGUACAGCAGCUUUAAUGUAUAUCUUGAGCAGAGAUCGCUUAAACAUGGAUCUAGACCGAGCCAGCUUAGAUUUAAUGAUCAGACUUCUGGAGCUUGAGCAGGAUUCCUCCUCCAGGUUGUUUAAUGAAAAAGACAUGAACAAAAUCAAGGAAAAAAUCCGGAGACUCUGUGAAACUGUUCAUAAUAAACACCUGGAUCUCGAAAAUAUAACGGUGAGCGCCGGUUUUUACCUUCUUUUUAAUCACAUGAAAAUACAGAGAAAUGGACACCAGUAAGAUUAGCGAAAAUGUUUAAAAAUACUUCGAAUAAUUGCUGGAAAUGUAAACAAAGUUAAGGAAUGUGUGGAUCAUUUAAGCAGCGAUGAGAAUGAAGAGAAAUUGGUCGCUUCACUCUGGGGAGCAGAAAGAUGUUUACGGGUCUUGGAAAGUGUAACAGUUCACAAUCCAGAGAAUCAAAGCUAUUUAAUAGCAUAUAAGGAUUCACAGCUCAUCGUCUCUUCAGCUAAAGCAUUACAGCAUUGUGAGGAGCUAAUCCAGAGAUACAACCGAGCCGAAGAUACCAUCUGUCUUGUAGACAGUAAGCCACUGCCUCACCAGAAUGUAACGAACCACGUGGGUAAGGCAGUAGAAGACUGUAUGAGAGCCAUCAUUGGGGUCUUGCUCAAUUUGACAAAUGAUAAUGAGUGGGGCAGCACCAAGACCGGGGAGCAAGAGGGCCUCAUCGGCACUGCUCUGAACUGCGUGCUUCAGGUUCCAAAGUUCCUAACUCAAGAACAGAGAUUUGAUAUUCGGGUUCUGGGUUUGGGUCUUUUGAUUAAUCUGGUUGAAUAUAGCGCAAGAAACAGACAUUGCCUCGUGAAUAUGGAAACCUCGUGUUCCUUCGAUUCCUUCUGCUUGGGAGACGCCGAGGAGAGCUUAAGCACAACUGGACAAAUAGCAGCUGUUCAGGCUUUAGUACAGUUGUUCCUGGAGAGAGAGAGAGCAGCACAGCUGGCUGAGAGUCAGACCGACGAACUGAUUAAAGAGGCCCCCACUGCACAGCACGACCAGAGUGGGGAGUGGCAGGAGACCAGUGGGGAGAUCCAGUGGGUCUCCACAGAAAAGCCAGACAACGCUGAGGAGAAAGAGAAGAAAGAAGAAGAAGAAGAGGAGCUGGAUCUUAAUAAAGCCCUUCAACAUGCCGGAAAGCACAUGGAAGACUGCAUUGUGGCCUCUUACACAGCACUGCUGCUAGGCUGCCUCUGCCAGGAGAGUCCAAUCAACGUGACUACUGUAAGGACAUACUUACCCAACGGGGACUUUUCGAUCAUGACCGAAAUGCUCAAAAAAUUUCUUAGUUUCAUGAACCUUACUUGCGCAGUUGGAACCACCGGCCAGAAGUCAAUCUCCCGAGUGAUUGAAUACUUGGAACACUGCUAGUUAACCCCCUGUUGGGCCACACAGGCACUCGGACGGGGGUGUUUUUUCUUUUUGGGGAAAAAGCAGGAGAUGCUGACCGAUGUGCUCAGGGAUGCGCCGAGAGCAUUCCUCAAGUCUCAUUUUUUUAUUC